AUCGGAAACCGCAGGAAAAUGACGCUGAGGUUCCUGGGCGUUGCUUUGUGGUUAGCGGGGGAUGCUUUUACCUCUCACCACCACCAGAUGUCGCUCUUCGACAAGAAAUGUGGAAGAGUGCCGUUGAAAAAUGAGAUACAAGAAUCUCGAAUUAUAGGAGGUCACAGGGCUCAGUCUGGGUCAUGGCCUUGGAUGGUUAGCUUGCAGGUUAUGAUAUUUGCUAACCAGUUUACACAUUUUUGUGGGGGGUCCUUAAUUAAAAAAAAGUGGGUCAUCACUGCUGCUCAUUGCCUGGAAAAGCAUAGAGAUCCCCAAGUUUGGAGAGCUGUUGUUGGAGUCAAUAAUCUUUUCCAAAGUCCUCAGACUUCUAAGAAAAUGCAAAUUGAUACAAUCAUUAUCCAUCCAUACUUUAUUCCAGAAAAAUAUAUAAAUGAUAUUGCACUUUUUCGUUUAAAAAGAGCAGUGAAUUUUAAUAAUUAUAUUCAGCCUAUCUGCCUACCAUUCUUUGAUUUUCUGCCAAACUUGACUAGAAGAACAAGGUGCUUCAUAAGUGGCUGGGGCCAAAUGAGACAAAAAGGUCAUUAUUCUUCUAUUUUGCAAGAAGCAGAAGUUCAUUAUAUUCCUCGAAACGCCUGCAAUAGUAAAGAAAGCUAUGACGAAACUGUUCCAUACACUUCGUUUUGUGCAGGAGAAGAAGAUGGAAUUGUUGAUACUUGCAUGGGUGACAGUGGUGGACCUUUAAUGUGCUAUCCAGAGUCUAGAAGAUAUUUCCUAAUGGGAAUUACCAGUUUUGGACUUGGCUGUGGCCAAAAACAUUUUCCUGGAGUUUAUACUGGGGUGCAGUUCUACAGAAUAUGGCUGAACAACAUAUUGCUUCUGGCAGCAGCUGAAGACACAAAUAAAAUUAAAGUUGUACAAGGAAAGACAAUGUUAAUUGUUGUCUUUGUUAUUCUACUGUUCCAGGGUAGUGAUGUAAUGAGCCAGAGAAUGUUUGAAGAUCUUUCUUGGUCAGGCUCACCCAUGAUGAACCCUGUCCAUGAGAGACCUGAGCUGAAUCCCUUCAGUAGAAGAGUAUGCCUCUUCGCGUACGCCACCAGGCAGCGGUCGCUCUUGUUAAGGGAGAAGAGUAAGCGGCCCCGCCCGCGCUUCGAGCCGGUCUCCGGGGAGAGUGGGUCUGGCCUGGUCUGGGAAGGAGUGAGGGCGCGGCCCCUCCCCGGCGACCACGGCUGGUGUCCAGCUUUGAAGGGCGUCACCGGGCAGGGGGGAAACGAUUGUGGGACAGUACCACUGGUGGAUGUGAUUUCAGGGUCUCGAAUUAUAGGUGGUCACGAUGCUCGUAUUGGAGCAUGGCCAUGGAUAGUUAGCCUGCAGUUUGUAAAAGCUUUCAACAAAUCCGUUCAUUUGUGUGGUGGAUCCAUAAUUAAAGAAAACUGGAUCCUUACAGCAGCCCACUGCUUUAAAAUUUCUAGGUUGCGUUCUUUAAUGACAAGCCAAACUCUUUUGAAUGGUUAUGGCUGUCUUCCUGGAUGCUCUACACUGUUCCGGGACUUGAUGCAACUAGCACAACGUUACCUGCAAACAGAGACAUCUGGAGGACCUCGGUAUCCGCAGGGGAUCCAUCUUCAACUUGGACUCUGCACUGAAUCUUCUCCAUCACAGUGUGAAGACUUUGGACAGCCAGAAUUAUGGAUAGCUGUGAUUGGAGUUAACAGUAUUUUACAGAACCCUAUGAAGGAUAAGAAAAUACAAAUUGAUUUCAUCAUCAUCCAUCCAGAAUUCAAGCAUAAUACUUUUGAAAAUGACAUUGCACUGAUUCAUUUAAAAGAUGCUGUGACUUAUAAUGACUUUGUUCAGCCCAUUUGUUUGCCAUUUUUUAAUGAUAUGCCAACAUUAGAUGAUACCAAACGGUGCUUCAUAAGUGGUUGGGGGAAAAGGACAGAAGAAGGUACACUGACACCUUUAUUACAAGAGGCUGAAAUACAUGUUAUUCCUUGGGAUGUAUGUAAUGCAGUAGGAAGUUAUUCAGGAAGAGUUCCUAAUACUUCAUUUUGUGCAGGUGAAAGUUGUGGAAAUGUUGAUACUUGCAUGGGUGACAGUGGAGGUCCUUUGAUGUGUUACUUUCCAGAAAAUGAAAGAUUUGUUCUAAUGGGUGUUACCAGUGCUGGAGCUGGCUGUGGCAGACCACUUUUCCCUGGCAUUUAUACUGAGGUUCAGUUAUAUGAAACAUGGAUAGAAAAUGAGUGGCAGCAGGAAGUUUCCAUAAUCAAAAAUGAAAUGAAUAUUGUACAGGGAAAGAUUAUAAUAAUUAUGGUAUUUAUCAUCUUAUUUGUGCCCAUAUAAAGUGGCAUUAAGGCCAAGGUAAUGUAUCUUCUUCACAUCUUCAUGUCACAUAAUUAUCUGAGUUUUGCAUAUCAGCAUUUCUUCUUGGUAUGAAAGAGUCCUGACAGGUUAGGUAUACAGUUUAAAUUUGAUACUGAACCAUAUUUUUUUUUAUAUUUCUAUAUUGUUUCAUUAUGUAAUAAUACUUUAUAAUACUC